AAAGUGAGGCUGCAGGCUACCCCUGCUGAGAAGGAGGGCUGCAACCUGCCUGGAGGGCAACUGGUCCUGACAGGCACCACUAUGUAUCCUAUACAUUUAGACUGAAGUUAGUUUUCCCUGGAACUCCAGGAGAGUAGAAGGAAGAGAGAGGAAGUGCACAUAUGCCAUAGGAAGCCUGUUGUCUAGUUUCCAUAGGUGAGUGCAUCCCAUUCAAAGCUGUUACAAACAGGUGACACAACUCGUUGAGGGAUUUUAUAGAAACUCAGGGCACGACGAGCUUUGAUUCAAGAAUCGUUGAAACACAUUCCCCUUUCAAUCUUGUUCUACUAACGUGUUCGAGAAGUGGUUUCCCAUGGAGACAAAGAAAGACACACAUCCAUCAUCUCCCAUUGUCUUUAAGCCUCAGAGACAAUGCGUAGCACAUAAACAUCUCUAGGCAGCAGGGAAAUUAUCCCAGUGGCACCAGAAACUUCUUCUUACUCAUGUCAAUGGUACUGACAUAAAUACUGAUACCAAGGGGAAUUUACAAAACAGGUAUUCCUGACUAUUAAUGAGUGCUCCAGAUGUGACAAAGUCAUCGGCUACAACACUGGGAGAUUGAAAGUAUUUUCAGUAUUUAGAGUCAGCCAAAGGAUAUAAAGAAAACACUCCACACCUAGAAAUCUGAAAAUAAGCCAUGGAUAACCCAUGUUUUGGUGCUCUCCUUUCCUGAUACCUGGAGCAAGGUAACCUGGUAUAUCCUUUGAGGUGUGUUAAAUAACUACACUAAGAUUUCUGUCCCGUAAAAGGAGUUUUCAAAUUUUUCAAGAGAGAGUAAGUCUCUGACCAUUUAUUCCUGACAAGGAUUUGCUUUCUCCUUUGCUUUACAACCAUUUUCUGCACUUGUUUAGUUGCAAGGUAUAUUUCCUAGCUAUGGGGCAAGACUGGAGUAGAGGAUGGGAGAACAGAUGCUGUCUCUCAGACUUGCAAAGUCCAGGCUUGUCACUGCUUCCAAGGUCUCUGCUAAUGGCCCUGUUGGCUCAGUGGCUUCUAGUCCUCUCCCUGAGUUCAGCCCCAUUCUAUCUUCCUCCAGCAUGGCUGUGACAGGAGGAAGCAGGCUUCUCCAAAUUAGUGGGCUUGUUCCCAGUGCACGGGGCACUGUGGGAGAACACAUGACAGUGGGACUGGGCAGUGAAUGGGGCAUGUGGGCUUAGACAGUUUGGCAGAGCAUAGGGACUCUGAGGGGGCACUUGCAGAUGUGCUGUAAAUGGCAUCAGGCAUUUUCAGAGCCUUCAAGGCAGGUGAGGGGAGAGGAAACAGAUGCAAAAAGAAGAAGGAAGCAACUUCAGAGAGGAAAAGGGGUCAGAAAUGGCACACAGCUGUAGAUUCAAGGUUUUGGAUGAAAGGGGACCCUGAAGCUAUAGAGAGAAUUAUCACGGCCAACAUGGGAAAGUGGGAGAGGACAAGAUCCCAUAUUUGCUGGGGCAAGACAGAGGAAGAGCUAGAGAUAAUGACUGGGAAGAGCCCUCUGUCUUACCCUUCUCAUGCAUAAUGAAAUGUAACGGGGCAGUUUUGGUCUUUCCAAAAGAGUGACCCUUGCUUCUUGAUCCUGAUUACAGUCCAGUAAUCCCAAUGACAGUAACACAGCUUUGGAUUCAGCAUAACACCAGCACGAGCUGAGCUUUUAUUCCUGACAUGUUGCCAUUAAAAUAAAUGUGUAGAUGCAUUUGUGCAUGUGUGUGCAAACAGAAGAAGGGUUACAUUUAUUACAGACAUGAGAGUGGACGAGGCCAAUGUUGAGGUGUGUUUGCACUCUGCACAGGCAUCAUGAGAUCAAUAAGGGUCACUGGGAAGGUAAACAAGGAGGAGCUACAGCAAAAGCUGGGGGCUUUCUUCCCCCACCUUGUCUGCCAUGCCCACGAUCCCUGCACCCAUGCCUGCAGCAGCUGUGCUGAGAGACCCUUGGGCUGUGGCAGGAGGAGAAAGCUGCAGAGCAGGUGGUGCUGGCUGUGCAUGGCCAAAGAAGGUCAAGAAGCAGAGGUCAUCAUCUGUCCUUGUCUUGGGGAAGGAACUGUCUGCUGUUGCGCUGGCUUUGCUCACAUCCCAGGGUCUUCACCUAGUAAUGUCUGGUGGCCCUGUGUGGUCAGCCAGUAACAUCGUCACCAGCAGACGGGUAAAUGCUUUGCAAUAGAAGUCUUAACUUUUAACAACCCCCACUGUGGUUUGUGUCCCAGCAAGACAACAGCACUGGGUAUUCACCUGCACCACUUGCAGAAGCCCCAUCAGACUUGUUAGCAUUGAAACACUGGCUCCUUAAUGACACUUUGUGAAGCUCCUCUUGGGUGCCGUGGGACCCUCCCCUGUGCCGUUUGGGCAGGCAGAGCCUCAGCCUGCUGGCUUCACUGCCCCAAGUGCUGAGUAGGGCUGUGAGACCCACACGCUAGGUUCAGGCUCUGGCAGGGUGUUGCCUGCAUGGCUGGUCAGGCACAGCCACCGCUACUGCUGUAGCAUUUGUUACCCGUUUGCUGUCAGAUAGAAGCCGGGAUUUUACCCUUUACUUAGCUCAGGUCCAGUUCCCUUCCUAGCCAUUGCCUUCUGUGUUCUUCCAUCCACUUCUCCAUCUAUAACUGCUCCCUGGAAAAGCCAUUGUCACCUGCUCCUCCCUUCCCUGUUGUGCUCUUCAGCUCUGCCUCCCGUGACAUCCUAGUGAUGAAGUGACUCCUAUCAGAUACCCACACUGAAAUCCCUCCCCAGUUCCAAACCCUAGGCCCCAGAGGAUGGCCCAUAAGGAGCAAAACAAACAAGAGAUUACUGCUGAGAAAACCACAAUGGACUGUGGGAUGUAGAGAUUGGAAAAAAACACCUGAUCACUCAGCAUACCAAAAAUAAGCUGCAAGUUGCAUGCUCAGAUGCUCUCGUGGACCUGGCCUUUGUUGAAAUAUGACAGGUGAAGUUCCUGUAGACCUCGCCUGUGAUGGCGAUUAUGCCCUGUGGUUUGGUGGAAGGUCUGGAAAGAAAGAGGCCAGCAUUUUGUGCACUUGGCUUGGAUCAGCCAUAAGGAGUCCACUGGGACAUAAUGGCAGGGUGGAGCACAGGCUCACAUUUUGUGGCCAAAGGGAGACACACUGUCAAGGAUGAAAGCUCAGGAGGGAUUAAGCUCACAGUUACUUUCAGAAGAAAAUGUCAUUAAAGAUAAACUUCCUUUUAGUGAUGCCUGUCACUUAUCCUAAUGAGUCAAGGCUAAGUUGUGCGGCAGUCUUUAAAAUGGAACAGGCAAAAUCUUGAGGGAUGCUUGGAGCUAGCAGAAGUGCAUGCUCUGAGAGAGUUAUUCUAAUGUGUUUUGCACUGUGGUUAGAAGGGCAUUUUAGCUGGGCUUAGAUUGCAGGUGUGCAGGAAGGAAGAAAUUCGGAUUCAAACACCCCUGUUCUCAAAUGAGAAAAAGGUACUUACACAGGUGCCAAAUGACUUGAUGUUUGCUCGUAAUCUUGCUGAAUCUGACCAGCAAGGAAGAUAUGAGGGAGAGAAGUGGAAAUAAGCCUUGGGAAUGAGCAGGAAAAGAUCCAGCCCCUGAGCAAGAUUUUGGAUCCACAUCCUGCAGAUACAUACUGCUCCCUCAAGCUCUAUGAUGGGUGUAUGCAGGACAGUGUUUUGCUGGGUGGUGUAAAUAGGGCAGAUGCUUUCCUGUUGAGGAGCAUCAGAGAUACAUCAGCUCCCUGGCUGGACUUAACAACAACUUAGUCUCUCUCUCACCAAGACAAUGGGCACAAAUCAUAAUAGCAAGACCAAGUCACAGUCAUCAUUGUCCUUUUCUCUGGCUGUGUUUCAUUUGUUGACUGUAAACUACUGACAUAGAAUGGAAGGGUAUAGGAGAGCCCAUUUGUUGAGAGAACCGGUACGCUCCAGAUGAACAAGGUGUUCCUUGAUCUCACACCAAGAGCCAAGAGGAGAAAAGUCACAAACUUAGUCGUGUUGUCCAACUUCCUCAGCUUGAAUGGAGCAAAAAAGGACAUGGACCUAAUAGCCACCAGCUUGAGGGCCCAGGGGCACACUGUGGUCUGAUGAAACAGCAGGAGCUUUUGUUCCUGGAGGAGAGGCCAUCAUCAGCUGUGCUGAAGCAGAGUUGUUCUUCACUGAAAAGCUCGACACCCACCUAGGCUGUAAAACAAGACCAUUCCUCUUCCCUACACAGGGUGGUACAAAAUGAGGAACUGGAUAAUGUUCUUCAGGACCACGGUGGUGUUGUCAGGGCCUGGCAAGAAUGACACAGACAUGCAAAGGAGUGUGAGUCAGGGGGUACCCUGCUUCUGAAGUGGGAAGCUGGGCCAGGUGACUCCCAGAGGUCCCUUGCAGUCAAACUUCCUCUAUGGGUCUGUGUGUGCAGGAAUUCUCUCUGGAUCUGAGGAGAAGGCAAAUGCAGGGAUAAGGAAGGACAAUAAAGGCCAUGCAACUCUCUUACAGGCCAAGUUAUCCAAGUGUUGUAGGUACCAUCUUGAUGCUGCACUGUGAGGGGAAUGACAGAAGGAGGUGGUGUGGGGUUCUUUCUGUAUCUUGGUUAGAAUGAUUUAACAAACGACUUCUUCUGUUUUAAUAAGAUAGAAGAAGAAGAGGCAGGUAGGCAGCAAGUAAAUCUUACGUCCCUUCAGAUGCUGGGAAGAUCCUGACUGGUAGAAAUAUCCUGGAACUGGGGAAGAUUCAAUAUGAAUGCAUUUCAAUAAGAUCUCUAUGGUUGCACUUUGUGCUGCCUUGCCUCCAGCACAGCAUGCAGAAUGAAACAUCUGUCACAGAAUUCAUCCUGCUGGGGUUCUCCAGCAACCCAGCCCUGCGACUCUGCCUCUUUGGCCUUUUCUCUGUACUCUAUUCUGCCACUCUGAUGGAAAAUGUACUUGUCUUUGUGCUUAUCUGCCCGGACUACUGACUCCACAGUCCCAUGUAUUUCUUCUUCUGCCACCUCUCCAUUGUGGACAUCUGCUGUGUCUCCAACAAUGUCCCCCGUAUGCUGAGGAACCUCCUUGGACAAGGCAGAACCAUCUCCUUUGCUGGGUGUGGGACACAGAUACAUCUUUAUUUAAUCUUUGCACUUACAGAGUGCAUACUGCUGGCCAUGAUGUCUUAUGAUCGCUAUGUGGCAAUCUAUCAUCCCCUCUGCUAUGCCCUCAUCAUGAACCGAAGGGUGUGCCUCACCCUCGCCACAGUUUCGUGGGCUUUGGGGUUCAUAUUUGGUACACUACAAGCCUCUCUGGCUUUACACCUGCCUUUCUGUGGCCUCUGUGAGGUUGACCACUUCUUCUGUGAAAUUCUUGCUGUCUUACGGCUGGCCUGCACUGACACUACUGCCAAUAAAAUCCUGAUCUUUGCUGUUUGCAUAUGCUUUCUGCUCUUCCCUUUAGCCUUAAUUCUAAUUUCCUACCUGCACAUCCUGUCCACCGUUCUGCCCAUCCACUCUGCAGCAGGAUGGCACAAAGCCUUCAACACCUGUGCCUCCCACCUGACCGUGGUGAGUCUGUUUUAUGGAAAUGCCAUCUUUAUGUACAUGUGGCCUGGGAGCAGUAACUCACCUGGGCAGGAGAAAGUUCUUUCCCUUUUCUACAGUCUCGUCAGCCCCAGUGUGAACCCGCUGAUUUACAGUCUGAGGAACAAGCAGGUGAAGGAAGCCUUGCUGAAGCUUCAAAUGAGGAAAAGAGUGUUUCGUUCCAUGUAGUUCCAGCUCUAGGCUUUCACCUGUCUCUUGUCUCUCUGCUUUUUCUUCCUGAGCCCUUUGGGUAUUCCUCACUGAGUUUUAAGGGGUUAAAAUGUAACACAAGAUAUGUAUCUCUAUACGGUCUAAUGAAUACCACAACACAAAAUGUCUAAUUAUUAUUCCUUUUAUCAGAGAUAACUAGUUUUUCUUCCUCAUAUGUGGCCAUCCUAGGUAGGUUGUGUGUCUUACCAGAACUAUUGACUGAUCUGGGAAAAAACAGUCUAUCUUCUUGUUUCUAACUAGCACUCAGAAUAAAAAUACUGUUGUAGUGGGAUUUUUUUUCUGAGUAUAUCAGUUGACCUAAUUUCUAUUAGGGUGAGAGGAAAUGGCCUCAAGUUUCAGCAGGAGAGGUUUAGACUGGAUAACAGGAAAAAAUUCUUCACGGAAAGGGUUAUCAAACAUUGGAAUAGGCUGCCCAGGAAAGUGGUUGAGUCACUAUCCCUGAAAGUAUUUAGAAGACAUGUAGCCGUGGUGCUUAGGGAUAUGGUUUAAUGGUGGACCUGGCAGUGCUGGGUUAACAGUUGGACUCCAUUAUCUUAAAGGACUUUCCAAGCAAGACAAUGCUAUGCUUCUAAUAAGACAUUAUUUUUUCCUAUCAUAUUUGUAUUUCCUAUAUCCUUAGGAUGCUACAUCUUCAAGUCUAUUUUUAGAAAGAAAAUAGGGAGAAAAUAGAGAAAAACCCAGUUCACAAAAUAAUUCCAGUUCUACCAUUAAACCAACUAGCAUUUCUAAUCCCUUGCUUACCUUACUGAAAUGCAUUCGUAUUGAAUCUUCGGUUGUUUCAUCCAUUAUUCUAUACCUAACUGCACUUCAGAUUGCUGAACAAAGGAUGCCUUGUGUAGGAUGGCAAAAGGCUGAACUAAAGAAAGCCCCAAACAGAACUCCACCAAACAGGUCUCCAUCCCAGCUCUGACAAAGAGAGCAUGAGAGCGCAAGA